GCUGAGUGUCAAUAAUCCUUUCACGCUUUAACCCCCGGAAGUAGCAAAAAUCUAGUAAUGGGUUUCAGAACUUUUCCUAUUUUGCUAUUUACCCGCAUUCGAAAUUUUAUGGUGAUCUACCAACAUAAAGAAGAGGCUAACGUGAAUAUAAUAUUGCGGUUAAAAUCGUGGCGCGUGACCGACGACGCAGAUCUUGGGGAAGUAUGCAAUGUAGCCCGUCCUAUACCGACUAGGUAGGUAGGACCAGCGUCGUCUCAUAUAUACACCUACUUGGUGAGAGCUGGGCUCUGAUGAGAAGCUCAUUGGUCUGGACCUGCCGUAUGGGGUAUCUAGAACAACCGCGUGCAGGUCUGAUUCGACACUUUGCAUGCUUAGUAGUUGUUUCGACAGAUCUUGUUCUAAUUGACGGGAUUUCUCAAAUAUCCUCGGAAUUAUCAUAAAUCCCCCGUAUAGGAUUCAGGCCGGAGCUUUCAGCAAUGUGAUCGUCGGGAUACGACUAUGAUCGGGCGGAUGGAAGACCGUAUCUUUCUGAGCUGUAAGUUUUCUCUUCGGAGGCGACGGGUUACCUGGCCUACGAUCUCUCGACAAUGGCGCUCCUUAGGUUGCUCCUCCUAGGCUUGUUGCCAUUCUUAUGUCUCGCGAUCACGAUACCGGAUCCCUCAUGGCCUCCUCGAACGGGGCUGAGAAGUAGACCUUCCAGCGGAGACGUCGAUUCCGACGGCGGAAGACACAUAAGAGCUAAGCUCCAAUCUCGGAAAGUCAAUAACGUAACUGGUGGUACCGUAUCCACCUAUGCGACGUCUCAAAUAUCAGGCCGGUCGCCACGGGAACCAUUGGCGAGGUAUGGAGCUGGAAUAGUAUACAUGUUGGAGCUUGAUAUCGGAACCCCCGGACAGACCGUCUCGGCCAUCCUCGAUACCGGAUCAUACACGCUGCUCGUGGAUCCAGACUGUAAGCAAGCGGCCGACCCGCAGGCUUGCCAAACGUAUGGAUACUAUGAUACAGCGCAGUCAUCUACUGCUAAGAACCUGAAUGGAUGGUUCUCUGGCCAGUUCGGGACUGGUUACAUGGAAGGACAGUGGUAUAGUGAUACUGCUUAUGUCGGACUAGACAACCUACCACUACCUGGGUUGAGAGUUGGCGUUAGCAAGUUCAGCCAGUAUAUAUGGGCUGGUGUGUUGGGUGUCGCAUAUGGUAAAGCAUGGAAUACUGCAUACCAGACUUUACUGGACCUUCUUGUCGCACAAGGUUAUAUCGCCGUGCCGAUAUUUAGCUUAGGGGUAGGUUAUCAAGGCGGAGGAAGCCCAAGCGAUAUUAUCUUUGGUGGAGUUGAUAGGAAGAAAUUUCGCGGUUAUCUUGAGCCUCUCGAGAUUUACCCAUAUCCAGACCAGCAGCUGAAGCGCUACAGCCAAGUUGGCUAUCGUGUCAAUUUGACAUCAUUGGCGGUUACUCCUCCAGGCCAAAACGAAACGAAAUUGACGGAUAGCGAUUUCGAGCGAAACGUAUUGAUUGAUUCUGGGUCUACCUAUACCUAUCUCGAUGCGCAAAUGGUUGCCGUCAUAGCGCAAGCAUUAAAUGCAUUUCAAGAUGAAAAUGGUGUCUAUCGCGUGCCAUGCGAGAGUCGGAACCUAGAUGGUUCUGUGAAUUUCGGGUUCAACUUCUAUAACAUCGUCAUCCGAGUCAAUUAUGCUGACUUUAUCGUCGAUUUCGACAAUUGGUGUGCUCUUGGAGUCCAGCCUACGGAUAGUAAAGAUGAGUCCUGGGUACUAGGAACUAGUUUCAUCAGAGCUGCGUACCUUGUGUUUGAUCAGCAGAGCGACGCGGUGUGGAUUGCACAGUACUUGCCAUGUGGUGAUGAUGGGAUCACAGAUCUAACAAAAGAUGCUGGUAGACAGCUUUGGUUAGAAGUUACAGGCCUAUGCUAAAGAAUAGAGGAUGGAAAGCCGCCUAGGUAUGGGGGGAUUCCAUAACUGAGACCAAUGAAUGGUCGCCCUACCUGGGGCAUAAGUUAACACCGUUGUCGCGGUGUACGGUGGCCUGAACGAGGCCUAAAAUUAUAGAAGUAUACGCCUAAUUAUGUAUGAACAUAUUAGCCAGAAAUAAAACUAGUCGUUACGCUGG